ACAACAUUGAGUUAAUCCAUUGAGAAAAGCCUAAUUGAGAAGACAACUAUUUUAAAGUGAAUACAUGGCCCUCAGUGCCCCCAGUAAUCAGUAAUUGACCACCGUUCUUCUCACUAACUCUCACGGCUAUUCAAGACGCACAAAAAGAAAAUAGUUAAUUGUAUUUCUUUUCUUUUCUCGGACUGUGCUUUUUAAAGUCUUUAUGUGUGAUGUGUUUUAAGAGUACGAAAAUCUAAAAAUGGCAUUAAAUGAGUGCGUAGAACUUAGUUUUAAUAUGAAAAUGUGUAUUGGAUUGAUAGUGUUCUGGCAGGUGGUGAUUACUGGUUUUUGUGAGGAUCUUACGGACUUCAGUAGCCACCCUACGACUGUUAAAGCAAAAGAAAAUAACACCGUUUUGUUACCUUGUCAUUUAAAUACUUUAUCUAAUGAUGAAGCACAUGCCAAAUCCGUCCGAUGGUACAAAGAUGAAGAUCUCAUAGCAGACAGCGCUAACGAAUCAUUGACUCCUCCAGACCGACACUUGCUGUGGGAAAACGGUUCCCUGGAAAUACUAUUUGUACAACCUGACGAAACUGGGGAGUACACAUGCGAGAUCCUAAGAUCGGAACCAUGGGGUCCAGUAAAACAGAAACAUGCCAUUGAAGUAUUACAUUCACCUUCAGUAGAACCUUUUCCUCCAACGGGAUUUUUACAAGUCAGGUUAGGAGAAGAAGUAAGGAUGUCGUGUAAAGGGGAAGGUAUUCCAUAUCCAAUCAUUACAUGGUCCAGCAAAGGCGAAGAACUAAAAUUAAUAGAUCAUAGAGAAAUACUUAAAUUUACGGCUUCAGACAGACAAAUGGCUGGCGUUUAUGAGUGUAUAGCUAACAAUGGAGUUGGAGAACCAGCCAAAGCCUCCAUAGAAUUAAAUAUUAUAUAUCCACCUGAAAUGUUGACAUCAAGGUCUUGGAUACACACAGCUCCUGGACACAGGGUUCAGAUCGACUGUAAAGUUUCGUCAGACCCCCAAGCCACGGUCACUUGGCUUAAGGGAGAAGUUCCUGUCCAUUUGGACAACAGAGUAGUUCCUAUGAUAGAUGGAGAUAAGCACACACUAUUAAUAAGAAAUGUACAGAGAAGCGACUUCGGCAUUUACACAUGCAGGGCAAUCAAUGAACUUGGUCAAGGAGAAUUAGCCAUACAACUUUCAGGUGUGCCCAAUCCAGGUGUGUUCAAAAGAACCGAAGAAAAAAAUGCCAAUUCCAAAACGUCUUACACCCUAAUCUGGGAAGUUGACAGCUACACACCAAUUAUUGAAUACAAUCUAUGGUUCCGGCCUUAUAAACCACGAAGUGGCACUCAUCUUCCUAAUUGGACUAAACUGACCAUACCUACAGAACAUAGUUCUGGACCAGUUUAUUCCAAAUCGUACACAAUUAAAGGACUGAAAGAACGGAGUGUAUAUGAAGCUUUACUGGUAUCUAGGAAUAGGUAUGGGUGGUCUAAGCCCUCUCCAAUAUUGAGGUUUGCCACAGCAGGAGCUGAAUUAAAUGAAGAUAUGAUAACGACUGUUCAAGUAAGCAUACAAGAAAAUAUGUUUACUCUUCAAUCUAGCUCUUCGAUCCUCUGUCAAUCUCACUUAACCUGGAUGUAUAUACUUUUGUUCCUAAUUUUAAUAAAAUUAUUUGUAUGAUUU